AUGAUAGUAGCUGUGAUUGGCGUGGUGGUCCUUGCAACGCUGGCAACAGCUCAGCCUGUGCCGAAUUUUAUGUCAAAGUCCGACAACGAGCGAGUGCUCGUGGAUGCCAGCUUUGGCUUCAAGGGCGAGUUUGAUGCCUCGCCUGGCUCGGCCGAGGGCUACGGUCCGUUUUUGGACAUAAUGUUCCCGCCGUCGAUUGAUGCGAGUGGUGCGUCGUUCACCACGCCGCCUAUUCCGGGGCGGCCGGUCUCGUUGUUUGAGCUCACGGCGGAGAGCCCGUGCAUUACCCACCCUUUCCACCAGACGGCGCCAGGCGUGUACCGCGAGAUCUGCGGCGAAGCCGGAGCGACGUUUGUUACCUUUACGCUUCCCUUUGCGUCGUUUUUCCCAUCGCAGCCUGCGGUGGCGAUCCAGGCGGACGGGCUCAAGUUCCGUGAUCCUGAGGUGACGGCGGUCAUCGAGGAGGUCGUAGCAAUCAACGUCACGUCGUACUUUAGAUACGGCGCGACAGCGGCCGACGACGUGGCAACCGAUCCGGUCAUUGGUCCGGGCUUUGACGUGUGGUACAUCACGCCUGCGGUGUACACGCUCACGUCCAAGGUGGGCGCCAACCCUCCGGUGGGACCGUCGUUCCCGCACAAGCUCGAGGUGGAGGUCGACAUUGCGGACGGCUACACGUUGACAUCGAUCGCCAUCGACCAGCUCUUCCUUCCGGCACCCGGCCUUGUCGACAUUACUGGCUCGGCAGUGACGGUUGGUACUGGCGGUAUGUCGCUGCCGGCGGCGGUGGGCCCGGGCACAGUGGCCGACAAAGACCUCGCCUUUGAGGUCGACUUUUACUUUCCGUGCACGGAACUCCGUGCGAGCGCGCCGCUCCUUGAUCCGAUCACCGGCGUGUCGCGGACGUUUCCGCUCAAUACCACUCAGCUUUCCGGCUUUGUGACCAUCAAUGGGACGGUUGCCGCCACAAGCGCGAGCUCUGAGCCGGGCUCGCUGCUCAAGACGCCGUUCACCUUUGGCCACACGAAGGCCGAGAUUGUGGAGAACGUUGGGCUCGAUGGGUACUCGCCCGGCGAUGUGGUCGAGUACACGCUGCCCAUGGUAGUCUCGGAUUGCUACGCCUUUGACGCUCUCGUCUUUACCGAAACUAUGCCCGAUGGGCAAACGUUUCUGCAGGAGGCGACGACACCUGGUCGCGGGCCGACGAUCACGGGAGGCUCCGGACCGUUGACGGUCGGCAACAGCCUGCUUCAGGUCAACACGAGUGACGUCGGGUUUGAUACCGACACGUCGACGUCGGGCAGUACGAUUAUCACUUUCCAUGUCUCGGAUGCCAUGCUGAAUCUGGCGAGUGUGGCGGAUGGCGUCCUGGUUGGACCGCUCGGCACGACGAUUACCUUCUACGCGCUCAUCAACGACAAGUUCACCGACUCGAGCCCGGGUCUCAACGACCCGAUCCUGCAUCUCCAGGUGCUCGAGACGUCAGCGUCCAUGGUGGGCAGGAUUGUGGAUCGCAGCGACACGUCGAUCAAGUACAAUACGCUCGCUGCGUCGGACGGGACCUCGCUCCAGAUCGCGGUGGGCAGUGUCGAACUAGACAUCAUUGGCAUCGACGGUGUGGUCUGUGAUCCACUCCCGUGCGUCAAGGGCUUCAAGCCGCUGCUACCGGUCACGUUCCGGAUGAGGUACACGCUUCCGUCGACCGACUUUGACUCUGUCCUCCUCGAGUCGUUUCUUCCGGUCCCGCUCUUUGACAUCUCGGACGUCGACGCCAACAUGCCGUCUGCGUUUGUAGAGGGAUCUGGCCCGUCGGCAGACCUUCCUGCGCUCGGAUUUUGCAAGUUUGGCUUUAACGACACCUUUUACGGCCUCGAUGCACCGGCGACCAAGAUUGUGCCGACUGUGACGACCAACGUGGCCACAAACCUCAUCUCGUUCAACUACCCGUCACCGGGCUACAGCUCGCCGAUGAAUAACUUUACGACGAUGGAGCUCUAUUUCACGACUCGGAUUACCGGGGCGCCGUACCCCGACGCUGACUUUAUUGUGGUUCUCGGCCAGUCGACCGAGACCUCGUUUGCACUCUCGUCGGCGCAGUCGACCUCACAGCUCUCGGUGGAGCAGCCGCUCCUGGUCCUCACCACCGGCAUUCUCGACACCAACUCAGCCGAGGCGUAUGUGGCCGACGGCAAUGGGGCCAAGCUUGCAGACGGCGUGACUCAAGCCGGACUGGCGCCGUUUGACUUUGCCCGCGCUGCAUCGUCGCUCUGUCCGGCAGCCGUGGCGGUGAACACGUCGCGGGUGAUGGCGGACCCGCUUGCCGGCGUGCAGGUCUACGACGUCGACGGUGGCGAUCUGGUGGCGUUUUCGGCGGUUGUCCACAACCGCGGGCGUGGCGACGCGUACGACGUUGUGCUCGGUGCCGAUCUCCUCCCUGUUGUCUUUGAGGAGCCGUCGUUCGGACACACUCUGUGCGUGACCGACGGCACCGGUAACCCGGUGCCGUAUACGGGCUCGUUCUUCUCCACGACGCCGGGCAUUACGCUCACCAACCCGAUUCCAGCAGGCAAGGACUCUGACGGAGCUGUCAUUGACGACGGAUCGAACAUGGUGGUCGUUACUUACGUCCGCGCAGUGCCCGACAAUGUUGUGGUUGGCGCCGUGGCCGGAACCACCGACGCUGCAGCCACGAUCCCGGAGCGAGCCGAGGCAACACGGCUGCUCAAUUAUGCAUCCGGGCCGGGCGGCGACAACUUUGUCGGCUCGCCCAACAUUGCUGAUGCUGGUGCCCAGACCGACUCGCCGCCGAUGUACGCGUCUGUGCGGACGACGACGACGCUCAACGUCGGUAUCGCGAGCACAAACGUGGCGCCGGCGCAGUACAUGCCUGGCUGGUCCGGGAUGGAGCUGCCGGUUGCGGUCGGCGAGCUCGUCACGUUUAACGUCAGCUUUGAGCUUCCGGAGGGAGACAACCGUGCGACGAUCCUCGAGCUCAAGUCUGUCGGCGGGCCGCUGCUCGAGAUGCUGUACGUCAAUUUGACGGGCGUGGGAGCCUCGCUCUCAUUCCCCGACCUGACGCCUUCGGACGCGGCGUCGGUGCUGGCGGCAGCAGUCUCACCGGUGCCGGUGACGUCGACGCUCGUGCCAGAGACGAUGCUGACGCUCGACUUUGGCUCGGUGAUCAACACGCCCGACGGCGGAAUCACCGCUGACGACUGGAUCAGCCUAGAAGUGACGGCGGUGGUUCGGUCCGAGGCGGCGAUUGUGGCCGGAGCGUCUGUCAGUCCCUCACUCCGGGCCUCGCUCAUGCCGUCGCAUGUUGCGCAGGCUCGGGAAGACACGCCACACAACGUGACGACACCCUCGCCGGAUCUUGAUCUCACCUUGGUCGAGCCGCUGCUUGAAGUGGCGUACACCUUUGAUCGGGUCGGGUCGACAAGCGAGGACGCCGGUAGUGUGCUUGCAUUUGCGCUGACGGUGACGCACGCGACAACGUCGACCGGCCCCGCCUUUAACGUGAUCCUUGCCGAGGACUUUGUCCGCGGCGGAGGCUUCGGCUACCUCGAGCUCGUGCCGGGAACUGUGUGGGUGGAUGCAGCCGGCACGGCAACGGUGACGAGCGGCAACAAUGGCGGCGAUAGCACCGUCAAUGUAGUCGUCGACGCGUUCCGCAAGAGCGAUGCUCCGGUGGUCGUCCACUUUGAGGCUCGUCUGACGGAUGCCGUGUACCCGAAGCAGAACGUGGCGGCGAGCGCUGGAGUGGUCGGUUACGACUCGCUCCCUCGCUCGCUCUCAUCGUCGGGCGUGUACCACGAAUCUGCAGCAAUGCGCAGCUAUGUCGGCGUCUUUGCCGACACCUCGCUGGUGGUCGCAGAGCCGACCGUGUCGAUUGGCGUGGUAGCGACGUCAGUGGCAGAGACCGGAUUUGUCGACGGCGGCUCGGCCGGCGAUGCCGACGUAGCGAUUGGAGAGAAGGUGACUCUGGUCCUCAACGCAAGCCUGGUCGAAGGUAGCUACGGCGUGGACAUGCGGCUGGCGCUAAGUCCAAACCCCAGCGAUGGCGCUCUCCACGUACUCUCUGUGGAAAUCAUCGGGGCGCCCGAGACUGGUUUCACGGCCUCCAACUACACGGCGGCGCUUGCCGCUGGGCCGGCGGCGCUGGCGGCGUCACCGCUUGACGUGACCAGCGAUUCGAGCUCGGACUCGGGCCCGCUGCCGUCGGGCGAUGGUCUUGCCGACACGGUGCGGGUCCGGAUCGGCAACGUGGUUGUAACCGGUGACAAUGUGACGUCUGCGGCAGAGUACAACGAUGUGGUCUCGGUCCGAGUCGUGGGCUUGGUACUGCCGCUCGGGAGUGUGGACCAGGACGAUGUGAUCACCAUCGCUGGCGCUGUCGACUACUACGUACCCGGCGUGGGGAUGACGACUGCAUCGGCCGAGACGGUUGCAGUCGAUGUCGUCGAGCCUUCGCUCAAUCUUGGGUACACCAACUCGAAAGCCUCAGCGCCUGGCACCACCGACGCUGGUGAUGUCGUGAUCUUUGAGCUGAGCGUGGCGCACACCGGAACCGGCAAGGCGCCCGGCUUUAACGUGACUAUCAUCGAAGACUUUGCGGCCGGCGGUGCAGGCGACUAUCUUGAGCUUGUGCCCGGGAGCGUGAGUGUUGUGCACGGCUCGGCGAGCAGUGUGGUGCGCGGAAACGACGGGGGCGACGGGCAGGUGAUUGUUGUGCUGGACACAUUUGCACUCGGCGCGGGGCCGUCCACCAUCAUCUACCACGCGCGGGUGACCAAUGCGACGUACGCAGCACAGACGAUGACCCAGACGGCGUCGAUGGUCUACCAGUCGAUCCCAGCUUCUGACGGCGACCGGAGCUAUGUCCGCGACUACGGCCCGGUGACGGCUGCCACGUCGGUUGUGACGGCGUCGCCGUCGACAAGCGUCUCGCUCGGCUCGACCUCGCUUGGAGAGACGCUUGGGAACAAGCUGGCGAUUGGGGAGGAGUUUGUGGUUCGGUUCGAGACAACGCUCGUCGAGGGCCGAUACGAGCUCGGGGCCGAGCUGGCGAUGGAUGGCAUCGAUGCUGAGCAAAUUGAGGUACUCUCGGUGGCUGUGGUCAACCUCUCGAGUGCCACGUUUAGCAGCGCGGUGGAUGUGACCAGCGACGCAGCGUCUGACACACGACCGACGGGUUCCCAGGAUGGGUUUAAGGACACGGUGAGCGUUGACUUUGGGUUUGUGGACGUGGCCGGCGACAACAUUGUGUCUGCGGCUGGGUUUAACGACGUGGUGGUUGUCGAGGUUACGGCGCGGCUGAUCGAUGCUGUCGACAACAGCAACGGCGGCACGUUUACACUUGAUGCAAAGUCAGUCCUCACGCCUGUCGACCAGUCAGCGCCGGCGACGGUCUCCAGCGCCAGCCUGGUACUCGAGGUUGAAGAGCCGAGCCUUGCUCUGGCGUACACCAACUCCAAGGUCUCGCUUCCCGGGACCACAGAUGCCGGCGACACGGUGAGCUUCACACUGAGUGUCGACGGAGUUCUGCCGGGCACAGCGUACAAUGUGACGGUGAUCGAGGACUUUUCGCGAUCGGGCGGGUACCUCCGGCUGGUGCCCGGGUCUGUGGCUGUGACGCAUGCCGGGGGAAGCUCUGUUGUGCUCGGCAACGGUGGCAGCGACGAGACCAUCCAGGUUGUCCUGGAUGUUGUCAGCGGAAGCAGCCCGUUGGCAACGAUCAGCUACUCGGCAGUGGUGAACGAUGCGGCGUACCCUGCCCAGGGCAUCGAGCAAGCUGCCGUGGCGCACUUUCAGUCGCUACCGACUAUCAGUGUCGAGGCUGGGCGUGGCAACGUGCGCGACUACCCGGCUGUGGGCGCAACGACAGCGUUUGUGACGGAUGAGCCAUCGACAAGCGUGGCGAUUGUGUCUACAUCACUGGGCGAGACAGCGCUUGUCGACGGCGGCGCGCCUGAUGUUGUCGACGUCUCGAUCGGCGAGAACGUGACGGUUGUACUUAAUGUGACGCUCGUGGAGGGUUCGUAUGAGGUGGACGGGAUGGUCAAUCUGACAUCUGCAGCCGGUCUUGGGCUCAUUGUCAUCCACGACAUUGACCUAGUCGGAGCGCCGAGCGCCGGCUUUACACCUUCGGCAUUCAGCGCCGCACUCUCUUCGGGGCCCAGCGCGCUGGCAGCGUCACCGGUGUCUGUUCUGAGCGAGGCUGGGCGCGAGUAUGUCGGCGAUGACGGCGAGUUCGACUCUGUGCUGGUCGAGUACGGAGCCGUGUUGGUGGCCGGCGACAACGUGGUGUCUGCAAUCGACUACAACGAUGUACUGGGCGUGGCCAUCACGUUCUCAGUCCUCGACACCGGGGCAGCAGUGCUGAACAACAGCCUCAGCCUUGGCGCCGGAGUUCGGUACAGGUCGUUUGACGGACUCUCAGAUGGUGUGGUGACCGGGCCAAGCGUAUCGUUUGAGGUUGUGGAGCCGGAGGUCGGUGUUGUGAGCGUGAGUACGAACACGAGUAGUGAUCUCGACUCUGGCGAUGCCGUGGGUGUCCAGGUUGUGCUGGCGCAUACGGCGGCUUCGCGGGCACCGGCGUAUGACUUGGUGAUGGUCUUCCCGGCGCCGGCUGGCAUGCAGUUUGUGCCUGACAGCGUGAUGCUGAGCAACGGGCCUGGCGAUGUGACGUACACGUAUGCUGCCAAUCUCUCGUCUGUGACUAUUCGCGGGUUUAACUCGCUGGAUGGGUGGACGCGGGACGAGGCGGAGCUUGUGCUUGAUGCAGUGCUGACGCUGACCGAUGGCGUCGAAGAGGGUGCGAGCUACGCUAUUGCGAUGGGGAGCGUGACGACGAGCUCGGCACCUGCUGCUGAGCAUGCGAGCACGCCGCGGAGCUACGCAGUGGGCGGCAGUGGGCUUGCGGCGAACGCAGUGGUCUCUGCUCGGACGGAAGGCCUGCGGUAUGAGCUUGUCGUUGCGGAAAACGACCACAUGGCGAGCGGGCGUGGGCUGAACCCUAGUUUGACAGCGUCGAGUCUCUCGAUCGGCGAGUCUGUGGUGUUCAACGCUACGCUGUACGCCAUGGAAGGCACAACGCGAUCGGCCAAGAUGGUUGUGCGGAUGCCGAGUGUUGGCAGCGAGGGGAUGGAGCUGCGGGUUGUGGCGGCGAGCGUGGCCCAUAUUGGCAGCGACAUUGACCAGGGCGGUAUGACGCUUGGCGUGGGCUCGAGCGCAAGCGCGACGACAGUGUCGGACGCCGUGUUUGAGUUUGGCGACGUGGUGGUUCGCGGGACGAAUGCGCUUUCUGCGCCUGGAACGGUCGCGCCUGUCGACGGGAUCCAGGUGGUAGUUGCGGCAGUGGUGACGGGCGGAUCGCCGUCGAUCAACGCCGCCGGCGAUGCUGGCGAUGCGACGCUGUACUACCCGGACGCACCGCCCGCGUCGUUCUCGUCGUUUGUUGUGGCAGGGCUCGACAUUUAUUACGCCGAACACCACGUUUCGGCGCUCUCGUCGCGAUAUGGGUACACGCUCAAGGCGAGCCACGAUUCCGGCGCUAUUGCUGCUGGAAUCUCUGUCCACGCGUACAACGUGACCCUUGUUACGACGACGCUCCCGAGCGAUCUCACGUUUGUCGAGUCGUCAGUGGUGGUGCGUGUGGUUGACUCGGGCGUCACGACGGCCACGGCGCUGGAUGAGCUGGACGUGACCGUGGUGAGCGGGAACAGUGCCGCGGACCGAGUCGUUGAGGUCCAUGUUCCAGUUCUUGCGUUUGGGUCGAGCCUUGAGGUCGACUUUGCUGUGGCAGUGGACUCGGACGUGGCCGAUUUUUUCGUGACCAACGUGAGCGCAAGCUACGCGUCGCUCCCUCACUUGCUCACGUCUGCUGACGUGACUCAUGCGGAGAUUCGGACGUAUGCAGUGGACGCGACGUCGGUUGUCGACUCGCGCACGGCCGAAGUUGUUCAUCUUGUGGCGACAGGCACAUCGCUGACCGAGACCGGUAUGUCCGCGUUCAACACGUCCCUGCCGGAUGUGGUGGCGGGCGAGCGGAUCGACUUUGAGGUGAGUGUUGUUGUUGGGCCUGGGCAGCACAGCGACUCGUGGGUCUACGUCGACGCACAGAGCUUGGGUGGUGCACUCUCCGAUGCUGGUGGUGUGGCGGUGUCGUUCUUGGAUUUGCCUAGCGCACGGCCGACAGUGACGAGCUAUGGCCCGCUGAUCCGGGUCGGACCGGAAGUCUUGGGCUCCGUGGCGACGUUGCUUGAUCUCGACAGCGACGGCGUCAACGAGACGCUCGGGUUUAACCUCGGGUUCGUGGAGUUGGAUGACCUGGCGGAGGGCACGGCAGUCGCCGACCAUACCAUGACGUUCAAUGGAAGCGCCGUAGUCCUACCCGUGGGGCCAACUGGCGUGUCUGGGCGAGUCAUUGAGCUCCAAGCACGGGCGGUUUUCUCGUCGGGCGUGCGGGUGGCUGCGACGCCGCUGGAGCCGGUGGCCGAGAUUAUUGUCCCGCUCCUUACCAUUAACGCGACAGCAAGCUACAACCGGACGCGUGUUGCAGGGUAUGCGGGCUCGCUGCUGGAGAGCGAAACGCGCGAGCAGGUGCUUGAUGGAGGCGACUUUGUACUUGUGACUCUCGACGUGGGGCACAAUGUGUCGCAUCCACUCGAGGCGCUGCAGUCACAGUCGACGGCGUACAAUGCUGUGGUGAGCUACCCUGUUCCGGCUGGUCUCGAGCUUGUGCCGAAUAGCGUGGUGGUGACGACCAACGGGGCACAGACGAGCUCCGGCGUGGUGGCGAGCGGCAAUGGCGCCAACGAUGGCAGUGUGACCGUGACGCUGACAAGCGUAGGACCGCCUGGCCCGGAUGCUGGGGUGCAGGUCUCUUUCCUGGCGCGGGUGCGGCAGGAUGGAUCCGCCGGGCGAUUCCCUGUUGACGCCAGUGUUUCAUACGGCUCGGCGCCGGGAGGCAGUGAGCUCGUCAGCUACUCGCGGGCAGACAUCGAUACUGAUGCAACUAGUCCCGAGCUUGCUGUCGACCACACGCCGCUCAACGUGACACUGCAGAUCGGGUCGAGCGCUGACCCGACGACGGUUGGCGGAGCACUCGCGAUUGGCGAGCAGGUGGUGCUCGAGGCUGAAGUGGUGCUCCGCGAAGGCGAUUACGACCUCAAGGUGAACGUCUCACUCGGAAGCGCCGACUGGGAGAUUGUCGACGCAUACGUGGCCAGCUACGGUGUCGGUAUGUCGUCGACGGCGAUUCCUGCGACGCUGGCGUCGUUUGUUGGCGUGAGCACGACUGCUAACGCACCGGUGAGCGGUGAGACGAGUGUGACGUUUGACUUUGGCGAGAUGAGCGUUGCCGGCAACAACGAGAUUGGCGAUGAACGUCUCGUGGUGGCUGUUGUGGCACGCCUGGCGGACGAGAGUGUGAACAGCAACGGCGCGGUGAAGGCGCUCGGCGCGGUGGCCGCCGUGAGCGAGUCGACGACGAACGGGUUGCAGCUGGUGCCGAGUGGGAGAGCGCAGUACGGACUCUCGCCGAUCAACGGCGGUGUGACCGGGAUCGGCUCGCUUGCGGUGGGAGUGGUGGCACCCGAGCUUGUUUCAACGAUGAUGGCGAACAUCACGACCGGCAAUGCAGGCGAGCCACUCCAGCUUCAGUUUGCUGUGCGGCACACGACGGCGUCGACAGCGACGGCACAUAAUGUGAGCGUGACGCUGGAUAUGCCAGCCGGCAUGGAUCUGUUGCCUGGCACGGCGGUGAUUGUAGUCGAUCCCCAGUUCGGGCCAGUAAGUGCGGUGGUGGAAGUCGACGAAGCACAGAAGGUGCGGGUGGUGUUUGAUGCGCUUGUUCUCGCACCGGGCGCUUUUGUCAACGUCACGUUUGAUGCACAGUUCACCACAGACGUGGCACAGGGCUCGAUCCUGCAAGUGCCUGCGAGCGUGGACUACCAGACGAGUGCCGCCGCUGCCGGGACGCGUGUGCUCGACGGAUCGACGGUGUUUGUCAUCCAGACAUUCAUCAACGGGUUCGAGGUGACGCUUGAGCUUGACUCGAGCUCUGUGGCGGAGACGAGCGGUGGAGCGCUCAACGUGGGCGAGAACGCGACGUUUGUCGGCUACCUGCGGGUGCCGGAGGGCAAGGGGCUGCUUGUGGCGAACAUCUCAUUUCCGGACGUGUUCCAGUUUGGAUCAUCAUCACCGUCUGCGCCGGCGUCGCUGCGGAUUGUCGAGGCGUAUGUGGCCAGUGUUGGUGGACAGCUGAGUGUGAGCAAGCUGGGUGUGAGUGCGCUCGGCAGUGUGUCGACCGACGGACUGGUGGCAAUGUUCGACUUUGGGACGACGACAAAUGUCGGCGACAACCAAGUGACAAGCGAUGACUUUGUGACUAUUGCCGUUGUGGCGCAGGUGGUCGACGACGGGUCGUACUCGGUUGCCGGGCGAAGGGUGAACGCGACGCUUAGUGGCGCAUACAACGGCACGUCGUUCGAGAACGAGUUUGCCGAGGUCCGGGUAGUGGAGCCGGAGCUUGUGAUGGACCAUGUCUACGCCGGCUUUGCCAAUGUGACGGCCGGUUCGAUUGUGAGCGUGACGACAACAAUCCGGUACGAUGCCAGCAGCGGAAGCGGGCCCGGGUUUGGUCUGCUCUACAACCACAGUCUUGUGGCAGACGAGGCUACGGCAAUGCUCUCACUUAUCCCUGGUUCAGUCUCUGUCUCUGGUGAGCUCCCUGGAGGAGUGAGUACGCUGGCGACGCCUGUGGUGUUUUCAGGCAAUGGCGGGAGUGAUACGGCAGUGGUGAUCGGCAUGGAGAAACUUGAGCCUGGGCCGCGGGCCGGGGUUGAGUUCUUCAACGUGACGUAUCAGCUGUUGGUGACCGGCAACGCGCCGAGCGGAGCGCGACUGGAGAUCACGCCGCCGUCGUUGAGUGUGGGCUCGCUCCCGCUAAGCGGUUUCCCGGGCCGGUGUCGAGGCAACGUGGCGGUGAACAACGACGCUGCGUUUGCGAGCGUGUCCGAGGUGUCGAUCGAGUCUGUCCGCACAUUUGGGCUCCUCGGCGUGAGCGGGUCGCUCGCCGUGGGCGAGCCAGUGACGUAUGAGGUUGUUGUGCGGAUUCCCGAGGGUGUGACGUACAACAUGUCGGUUGCGGUCGCAGGGUACGACGCGAGCAAUUUGGUGAUGCUCAACGCAAGCGUUGCAGGCUGGUCGGCAGCGCUUGACGGUGUGGCCGACGAGGCCGGCAGCUUUUCCGGACUUGGUGCAGGAUCAGAGAGCGUCACGUUUGCGCCGUUCUCGACGAUUGUCAACAACGAUCGUGACGGAGCGACGGCGGAGACGGUGACGCUGCGCUUUGUGGCGGUGCCUGUAGCGGGAGCAAGCGACGGUGCAGAAGUGGCACUGCCGACAGCAGUUGUCCAAUACGCACAGGUCGGGCCGAGCGUGGAAGCGCUUGCUGUGGCCGACGCGGCUGCAGCAGUGGCGAGCCGGAGUGCAACCGAAGUCAACGGGCUGACACUGGUGACGACGACCGGCGAUGUAUCGAGCGGGUUUGUGGGCGGCGAGGUGACGAUCCGUGAGCCCAAGGUGGAGGUGCUGUCCGUUGUUGGGACACACGGCAAUGACGUGGUUGUGCCAGGUGAGGUGGUGACCUACACAGUGACGAUUGGCUCGGAGCCCGACCGGGCGAACGCGACGGCGUGGGAUAUUGUGGCGACGCUUGGCGCCGGAAACGGGAUGCGCUAUGUCGACGGGUCGUUUUCACUGGUCUCGGGCGUGGGCGUGGUGGUGGCUGGCUCGUCGAACGCGACCGGGGCCAACGUGACGUUUGCGGCGAGCGGAAUGGGCAUCGGCUCCAGCUCUGUGUUUGAAGUCAAGUAUCAAGUGGCGGACGACGCCGCAGCUGGGCAGGUUGUGACGUCGCUCUCACCUGAAGUGCAGUACGGGUCUGUGGCUUUGAGCGCGGUUGAAGCGCUGGGGUGGUAUGACAUUGCGAGCCUGCGGCGCGAGUACAGCGCAAGCAGUGUUGUACACGAGACGGUGAACUCGCCCCCGAUCGCGGUGGAUGACGUGGUGAUUGCAACCGAGUUCCAGGUGUCAUACGUCAAUGUGUCGGCGAAUGACGGCGACGUGGACGGCAACUUGUAUCCAGAGACGAUCACGCUGUUGACAGCGCCGGCGUGGGGCGCAACGGUGGAGGUGGUGAGCGACGAGGCUCGCUGUGGGAGCUCGCGGUCGUGUGUGGCGUAUCGGCCGCCGGACAACUUUUUCGGACGCGACGACAUCCAGUACCAGACGUGUGACUCGCGUGGAGCAUGCUCUGUGGCAUGGAUCAACGUGACGGUGGCGUUUGGCGUCGACGCGGAACCGGUGUUGAAGAUGGAGGCGUACUCGGGAUCGGUUGGGCCGGGGUGGCCGGCACCGGCGCUCGACGACCUGCCUCUGCAGCGACUGCUCCGGGAGACUGGAGAAGUCGGGGAUGACGCGCGAGUGUUUGGCAGCUACAUUGUGUCUGAGAACGUCGAUGUUGAGAUUGCCAGUAUGACUGUGCUGAGCGAGCCGGGCGCGCGCGUGCCAUCAUGGACCGGCUUCCGGGUGUCUGUUGUGGACCCAGACUUGUUCAACGUGGUUGGACAGGUCCGCCUAGUUGCGGCCAACGGGACGGUGGCGUUUGGGUCGACGACUGGGCUUGUCUCAGCCGACGGGACGAGCAACGGCGAGUCGGUGGUGGUGUUUGACGGGCAGGGCGCUGCGGUCAACGCGUCGCUGGCGACGCUUGUCUUUACGCCGACGCCUGGCUUUGUCGGCUUGACCUGGGUCUCGAUCGAGUUUGAUGACCGGUCCGGAACUGGAGGCGGUGGGCCGCACAAUGACUCUGUCGUUGUCGUCUUUGACGUUGUGGGCAUCGAGACGAUUCCAGAGCAGACGAUUCUCCGCGUGAACGCGCCCGAAUCAGGGUCUGUGGCAGGCGACGCUGUCCGUGUCGAGCUGCAGUUUGUGGACCAGUUUGGACGGAACCUAACGAGCAGUCCGACGGCCGGCGGCGCGCCGCUUGCGGUGCAGGCGGAAAUGGGCCACAUUGGCGGGUGGCACGAUGGACACACGGUGUCGCCUGCAGGCGGCGUGGUCGACGCCGGCUCGGGGCUGUACGUGAUGACGUUCAACGCGACGGAGCGGGCUGGGCCGUACGAGCUGCGGCUGACGAUGGAUCCUGACGGUCCUGCAGGCCCUGCGGCGCCGGGCUCUGCUGGACUGUACGGCUCUGCGGUGGCAUCGACGGUGAGGAUCAACGCCGACACGCUGACGGCGUGCGAGGGCGUGGCGCGGUUGACGCUGCUAGCGGCCUCAGGCGUGUGGGAGCGGUAUGAUGUGUCUGUCCGUGACCAGUACGGUAAUGCCGACCCGGCAGCGCUGCCGGGGGUGGGCGAUGACUGGCCGGGCACGCUCGUGUGGGACAAGCCAGGCGAUGCUGACUUUGUGGCACGAUCCAGCCAGGCAGCCGACGGUGGGCUUGUACUCGAAAUCCGGUACGAGACGAGCUCUAGCGCAGCACCGGGCUACUACGGAUUUGCGAUUGUGACGAACGCGACGAGCGGCAACUGCACGAUGCGUGGGAACUUCCUUGCGCGCAGUGCUGCACCGCAGAUUGUGGCUGUUGUGGGUCGAGACGAUGGCGAGGUGGACGAGGUGAACGACGACUUUACUGUUGGCGACACGGUGACGGUUGUGUUCGACAUGGAGACCAACGCGCCGUUUGCCGGGAACAAGGUUGCGAUCGACGCAUUGCUCAACUUUAGCACGCCGCUCGGGGCCAACUACAGUGGGGUUUGGACGAGCCCAGCGACGAACCUCACGAUCACGAUUCACAACACGAGUAUUGCUGCUGAUCAGCGGCCUCAAAGUGAGGAGCCUGUCAUUGGUGUGCUCGUGGUUGAGACUCGCGUCGCCGGCGUUGUGCGGGCGGGUGACGGAUCGGACGACGUCAUUGUACCUGUUGGCGUGGUGCCGAUUCUCGGCAAGUCGAACGAGACAAAGCCGUGUACGAGCAUGGCGACAACGACGGGUGACUGGGGCGAGGGGCGGCCGCAGUCGAACCAAGAUGACGAUAUCAUCACGACACUGAUCGGUGUGGCGUCGACGCCCGUCGGCAUCUUGGGCAUUGUUGCAGCGGCGACAGUGCUCAUUCUUCUCUGCUGCUGCUGCUGCUGGCUGGUGGUGCUGUGCUGCCGGCGGCGGCGGCCGCUUCACGGCGUGUGGCUUAAUCCGCCGACGCAUACAGCGGUCCGGUCCGGGCGGUACAUGGCGAAUGGGCUGGAUGAGACGCAGGGUCUGGACAUGUCAGUGCUCGUUGCGCCGUCGGCCGGACGCGAGGCCAAGCGCAAAAUCCUGUACAAGAUGCCGGCGUCGGCGCAGAAGGCUGUGGUUGUCCGUGAGAGUGCCGAGACGAAGACGGUUCAGACGACCAAUGUAAGCAAGUCGAGCAAGCGGCGACGCAGGCGUCGGCCAGCAGGGUCAUCACAUGUGGUGACGACGACAACGACGACGGCCACAGCGACCCCAGGCGCCGUCCAGUACAUUUACGAGUACUCGUACACGACACUGUCGGGCUCCGACUCGGCGUCGUCGAUCUCGACUACAACGCAAGGCAUCGCCAUGUCGUCGUUGCAGGAGAGCGGAAGGUCAUCGCUGUCGGAGACAAUGCGGACAGAAGAUCUCGACGCCAACCUGUCGUCAUCGUCAUCGUCGUCGUCAGACGGGAGUGGUCGGUGGUGA